AUGGCUUUUCAAUUUUGGUAUCGUCCUCGUGGUAUUGAAGCAGACUGGGCUAGGCGCGAAGCCUUUCUCGAACUGGAAAGGCGUCGAAAAUUAGGUCUUCCGCUGGUCGAUCCAAAUCUCAUUCCUCCUGAACGCGUCAAGUUACCCUCAAAAGAGCAGCUUGGACCUGAUUUCAAAAUUAUUCUUUGA